AUGGUUUUAGAAUGCUGCAAGACGUGUAGUCUUCUUCUUCUUGUAACGGAGAGUGGGAACCUUUGUUUGAAUAUAUGUUUCAAGGAACAAAUAUAAGAUGUGAUUGCAGAGCAUAAGGAGGAGAAAUCACUGUUGAUUUCUGUAUGCCAGACUAAGUAAAUUGUAUUCAAUACAACUUCUUAGACGAAAAAGUGCUGUCUGUUUGGCCUUUUGGUAUUGAUAAUGGGCUUAAAUAGUAGCUAUGUGUUAAAUAUUACACUGGAAAUACUUUUGCAUCAAUAAAAGACUGGCCAACAACGUGUCCUAGCGGAUAAAAAAAAUGUGGAGGUUAAUCAAUAGAAUCUAUGCUUUGCUUACCUGAAGAUUAAUAAUGUCCCUUAAAUGACAUGA